AAGUGAAGAGCUUUUAUAGAUGCAUUAAUGGCGAUUCGGCCGAGAACGCGUAAAAGAGUCGAAGCUGUUCGUCGUGCUGCUGAUGGAAGCGCUUUUGAGAAAUGUGAGGAAUGUGGAGUUAUGAUCGCGAUUGCUCUGUUUGAUAUGCACGAGUGCGGCGGAGAGAAACGAAGGGAAGUGAAGAGGUUCAAGUGCGUUUCGAGUGGCAAGAAGAUCGAUGAUGAUAUAUCUAAACCAAGCUUUGAAGAUGAACCUAGAUCACCAUUUGUCUUCUUCUUAGAGGAUUUUAGGAAAAGAUACGAUGGGAACAUGGUGGAAGCUAGCAGAAUAUGUUUCACUGUGUGGAAGAACAUGUCAGGAGAGGAUCAAAGACCCUUCAUAGCUCGUGCUGUAAAAGUUGAUUUGGCCCACAACAGUAAAAUAAAAGAAGAAGUUCAAAGUGUAAUGUAUAAGAUAGAUGAUGAGGCGGAUUCAAAAGCUGUAGGAAAAUUUGAUAAGUCAUAUGAGUGCUAUGAUCAUGAAGAGGAGGAGGAAUAUGGUUCAUCUGAUCAUUUCGAAAAAGAGUUUUGGGAGGACGAUACUCUGCUGAAGUACUGAGACAGUGAGGGUUUUGGCUGUUGUUCUGUACAUAUUUUGGGUGUGGGGGAUUAUGUAAAUACAGGCAAAGAGAGGCUGGUCUUAUUUACUUCCUCUGUAACAUUAGAGGUGCCUCUCGUUUUUUUUUUGGUUAGUCACCUUUUCUUGGGUCAACAA